GAGCUGAAGAAUUUUACCAAGUUAUCUCACCAAAGCCAGGUAGACCAUCAUCACGGACAGGUUGAGUGACUUCACUAACACCGAGGGCCGACACAUCAACACAAUGACACACCUGGUGGGGAAACCUUUCUUCACACACCUGUGUCUGGACACACAUCGCUACACACAAGUGAUGUUGUUUUGUAUGUACCUGUAUUUCUUCACAGUUGUACUUGCUUCUGAGAAUGUGGCGCUGAAGAAGCCGGCUCGUCACAUCGCGACUUCAGUCGAAUUCUACUACGGAACGACGGACAAGGCCGUGGACGGCAACACCGAUGGUAUUUUUUCUCACCGCUCCUGUACCCACACUGAUGAAUACUUAAACACUUGGUGGAAGGUGAACCUGAUGGGCUUCUACAACAUCACCAGCGUGCAGCUCUUCACGAGGACAGACGCAAACUCGUACAGAUUACAAAACUUCGAAGUCCGUGUAUCUGGCACUGACCCCACGACCUUUCCGUCCCGUGACGGACAGCAGUGUGUCUACUGUAGAAGUCAAGUGGCUUUAACAGGAACUUUGCUCAACUGCACUCGUCCUAUCGUAGGUCGCUUCGUCAGUCUGUUCAAGUCUGCCAACGAGAAUCUCACCAUCUGCGAGAUGUUUGUCUUCGGGACGAAGCUCGACACCGGAACCUACGAACUAGUGCAGGACAACUCUCGCAUCAACUCUUCCGCUGUGACGUCACUAACAACAGCGUCGUGGAUUGGCUGCGGUGCGAAGUGUCUUAGUGACGUCAGGUGCGAUGCCUUUAACGUCAUGACGUCAGGACCACGUUCACAACCCGGCGUCACGUGCGAGCUUGUAGGCGUUACACAGUGGGUGACAAACAUGACACUGGAAGCCAAGACCGGAUGGAGAGCUUACAAGCGGCUGGUGGAGGGUUAA